AUGUUCCAUAGUACUAUGCCCGAAAUGGAUUUCUCCGAUGAUGAUGACAGCGACAGUGAUGAGGCACUUGACUUCCGCGAUGUGGUCCACUGGGACUUUGCUGUCUUGACUGGCAUUGAGCUGGUGGUGGCUUCUCCAGGGAAACUUCGGAUGUUGAAGCACAUGUCCAAGUACCACGCCUUUGAAGAUUAUAUCAUCAAAUGGGUGCUGUGA